GGGGCGAAGGCGCUGGCGGCCGCCCUGGAGCGCGGCCCCUUCCCGACGCUGCAGAGGCUGGACCUCGGGUGCAACUCGAUCGGGAAUGCGGGGGCCAAGGCGCUGUCGGCCGCCCUGGAGCGCGGCUCCCUCCCGGCGCUGCGGACGCUGGACCUCGGGAGCAAUUCGAUCGGGGACGCAGGGGCGAAGGCGCUGGCGGCCGCCUCCAGGGCGCGGCCGACAUGGGUCCGAACGUAA